CAUCGAAAAUACGAGAGAAAUCGGGGCGUGUGAGAAGUAUUGUGAGUAAAAAGGCUCAAUUAAAUUUUGAAUUGUUAUAUUGGAGAGGGUUAUAAAUGAUCUUAUCCACGCUAGAAAAGAUUUGCUUUCGAAGAACAGUUGAUCGAGUCACAUUUCCCCAUGCCGAUCGAGCCAUCAGCUACCCGCACGCGAUUGAGCGGUGGUUAGACGAGCUGUACAAGCAAAACAGAUCCGGGGGGCAUGAAUCGGCAAAUGCGGCUAGUUGUCAAAUUGGCACCAGCAGAAGGCAAACAGCCAACAGACUCGGCAGGAAAAAGGUGAAGACGACUCUGGGCACCAGCGUACUGAAAGUGAAUAGUGUUGUGCGAAAGGAAAUGGAAAGUAUUGUUGAUGUAAAGUUUCCUGUGACAUCGCUAGUGCCGAAAAAAGAAACCGGGGCGCUUAGUUUUAUCCGGAUGUAUCCGGAGUACGAUGGCCGAGACGUCACAAUUGCAAUCCUCGACUCUGGCGUAGAUCCCCGGGCCAAAGGAUUAGAGCAAAUCCCCGGCGGAGACGUUAAGGUUAUCGAACGUUUUGAUUGUUCCGGUUGUGGCGAUGUGGAUACCAGCAAAACGGUUACGGCCAGUCCAGAUGGUACCAUUGUGGGUCUUUCUGGUCGCAAGCUGCAUCUGUCUUCCACGAUGAAGUCAAAAAAUGUUGCCGGGAGCGAAUAUCGCGUUGGACUGAAGAGUGUGCACGAUCUGUCGCCGUCGCGCAUUCGCGAACGUAUUUUAACCGAUCUGAAGGUGAAAACCUGGGACGAUCGGCAUAAGGUGGCAGUGAGUGAGGCGGCCCGAGAGUUGAGUGAUUUCGAGGCGAAGAAUCCAUCCACCGGUCUCACUGUAAAGGACAAGCUGGCCAAGGAAAAUCUGGAAAGCACGCUGGAGUUCUUGAACACGUGCGAUAAAAAGUUCACCGAUCUGAAAACGUCGUACGAUUGCGUGCUGUUCCCAACGAAGGAGGGCUGGAUGGCCGUCAUCGAUACAACCGAAAAGGGAGAUCUCGAAAACGCUGUUCACGUGCUGGAGUACACCCGUUCGCAUCAGGUCGUGAAUUUGGAUGAUUUCCUGUCGGUUUCUAUCAAUGUGCACGACGAGGGAAACGUCUUGGAGGUUGUCGGAGUAUGCUCAAGCCAUGGCACGCAUGUGGCAUCUAUCGCCAGUGGCUAUCAUCCGGAUGAUCCCGAGCUUAACGGUGUCGCUCCGGCUGCAAAGAUCGUGUCUCUGACCAUUGGAGAUGGGCGGUUGGAGUCGAUGGAAACAGGAACCGCGCUGGUUCGUGCCAUUAUCAAGGUGAUGGAGUUGUGUGAAGCAGGCCGCAAAAUCGACGUCAUCAACAUGAGCUAUGGAGAGCACGGACAUUGGUCAAACUCGGGACGUGUGGGCGAGCUGAUGAGUGAGCUGGUGAACCGAUACGGCGUGGUGUGGGUAGCUUCGGCCGGUAACCAUGGUCCAGCGCUCUGCACUAUCGGUACCCCCCCAGACAUUAGCCAGCCGAGUUGCGUUGGCGUCGGAGCGUAUGUGUCGCCCGAAAUGAUGGAAGCCGAAUACGCCCUGCACCAGAAGCUUCCUGGCAAUGUGUAUACGUGGUCUUCUCGCGAUCCGUGUAUCGAUGGAGGAUUCGGAGUGACGGUUUGUGCUCCCGGUGCUGCAAUCGCUUCUGUUCCACAGUUUACAAUGUCCAAGGCACAGCUGAUGAAUGGUACCAGCAUGUCGGCGCCGCAUGUAGCCGGGUCGGUAGGGUUGCUGAUUUCGGGAUUGAAACAAAAAUCCAUCCCAUACACUGCAUUCAGUAUUAAGCGUGCUCUAUGGAACACCGCCACCAAGAUUGAUUACGUUGACAAGUUCGCGCAAGGCAACGGAUUGUUGAAUGUCGGGAAAGCUUUCGAUCAUCUGACCACCUACUGUGGACUUAUCGAGAAUAAGCUACGUUUCGCCGUCACGGUCGGCAAUAACAAUGCGAAGGGUAUUCAUAUGCGCCACGGCGUACUUACUAAGGUUGAAGAUUUUUCCGUUAACAUAGAGCCGGUAAUAUUUAACGAAAAAUUCGCUGAUGCAGCAGACAAGAUCAACUUCAACGUACGAUUAACGCUCAUACCAACGGAAUCGUGGAUUCAGUGCGGCAACUAUCUGGAUCUGUGCUAUUCAGCAAGAAAGAUUUCCGUCAAGGUAGACCCGUCCGGAUUAGCUCCGGGUGUGUAUAGAGCGAGCGUGAAAGCGUACGAUUCCGCAUGUCCGGAAAAGGGAGUUUUGUUUGAAAUUCCGGUCACCGUAGUGCAGCCGCACGUGGUUGAUGCUAAAACGAAUGAAUUUAUGCGCAGCGAUUUACCAGUUGACUGCAAACCGCAUACCAUCAUUCGGGACUUUAUCCUGGUGCCAAAGUAUGCGACCUGGGCUGUCAUUGAGAUGCGCUCGGCCGAUACGAACGAUGCUGUGGGUGGCAAAUUUUUCCUGCAUACCCAGCAGAUUCUGCCGAUGAAGUUCUGCAAGGCGAUGGAGAUGCAAAAAAUAUUGCCGGUCAACGGUACGGCCCCCACGGUGCAACCCGUUCGAGUAGAGGGUGAUCAUAUAAUUGAGAUUUGUAUUGCCAAGUUUUGGUCUAACUUCGGAACGCUGCCAUUACGCUACUCGAUAAAAUUCCAUGGAAUAAGCCCAUUGAAUGGAUCGGUAAUGCAUAGUGCCAGUGGAAUUCAUCGAAUCGAUUUAACCGCGCUCACUAGCGAAGAAGUCCAUCCAGUAGUUUCGUUAAAAACAGCAGCUAUGGUCUUGAAGCCAUCUGAAACAAAAGUUACUCCACUAACGACGCGCGAUGUCAUCCAUCCAGCAAGGCAAAUCUACCAGAUGCAGGUCACGUACCAUCUGCAUUUGACGAAGGGCUAUGAGGUAGCGUUCUACACGCCACUGUUUAGCAACAUUCUGUACGAGAGCGAGUUUGAAUCCCAAUUCUGGAUGGUGUACGAUACAAACAAAAUGAUGGUUCGCUGUGGAGACGCCUAUUCCUAUGAUAAGUACGAAAAAUUGGAAAAGGGAGACUACACCAUCCGUUUGCAGGUGCGUCACGAGAAAAAGGAGCUGCUCGAGAAGCUAACGGAAGCGAACAUGGUCGUUAACUUCAAGCUAGCUAGCAACAGUCUUUCCGUUGAUGUGUACAAAUCAUACAACCACGUGCUGUCGGGUGCUAAAAAGAUGACGAGCUGCUCCAUGGCGGCUGGUUCGUGUCGCCCGAUCUACCUGGCACCAAUCCCUAGUGAGAAGCUGCAGAAAGCUGCCAUGCCACCGCAGUGUUCUUGGCUGGAGGGCAGCAUUACGUAUGCGAAGGAGGACAUCAUUAAAAGUGUUUCGCACUGCUUCCAGUACAUACUAACGGAAGGUCCUCCGGCAAAGAAAACUUCUAGCACGGCUAAUGCAAUCACUGGAGCCGCAAAUGCCGUCACAAAUACCGCAACCAAUGGCAACAGUGUGGCCAAUUCAGGCUCAAACGGUACCGGUAACAACGUAAUCACCGCUACUAACGGAGCUACCAACGGUAGCUUGCCGAAUGGAACGGCAGUGAAGGAGAACCGAAGCAAGUGGGAUGAAUAUUGCGAAGGAUUGCGCGACUAUCAGACUGCACAGAUCUCCAAACUGGAUGCGGAAAAUGCUGAAAAUGUGUAUCAAGCGUUGCUAAAAGAUAACCCGAACCACUUGGCAGCUCACUUAGCCAUGGCCGAUCACUUUGAUAGUGCAGAUUUGAAGCAAAAUCUGCCCUACACAUUUACUGCAUCAUUUGAUGGUGCAGACUCAUCAGCAGCGACUCUGUUGAAGGUGAAGUUGCUACGUAUCAUCGAACUGGCGAGCUUAGUUGUAAAGGAUAUUGAUCAAAAUGCAUUACUCGCAUACUAUGGAAUGAAGAUCGAUAAUCGACCAAAUGCCGCCAAGAUUAAGAUUCAAAUGGACAAACAAAAGCAACUUCUACUGGACGCUUGUCAGCGAAAGUUUGUAGCAUUGUGCAAACUGAAGGUAUUGCAGAAUGUAUUCGAUGCUCAAGACGCGAGUCAACCGGACUAUACCGAGGAGCUAGAACAACUGUACGGCGAUGUGGGCAAAUUUAUCGAAUACACCGAUUCGAAGGUAUUGCUGCUUACCAUUUGGCAUGCGUUUUCUCUGAAGCAGCACGGCCGUAUGCUAAAGUAUUUAAACAAACUGUACGAAGAAAAGCUUAGCCGCGAUAUACUGGAGGAAAUACUUACCGUUGUUGAUGAGAAAAAGUGGUCACACGUACGUAAGCAGCUUUCAAAAAUAAUUGUAUCAUCAAAUCCUCAGGGCUAUCGACCAUUCUAAAAUGGCACACCGUUCUAAAACUGAUGCCUGUUUUAUACAGCGAUAAUUGAUUCGUCAUUUUCUUAUGCACUUUGUGUUUAAUUCGCUGCUUCGUCGUGUUUGGUGAAAGCGGUUUUGAUUUGUUACAUUACGGAACAUGCGGAAUUAAAUUUUAGAAAAUAGGUGCGAUCUAAAUUUUGCUGAAUAUCCUUCCAUUUGCUGAAGAGCCGCCUGGUAAUGAAAUUCUUUCCAAAAGUUCGCUAGUAAAGUGUCGCUUGCCUGCACUGUUAUGACUAUAUAACAUUAUUUUUAAUUUCUACUGCAUUGUUUUGCUAUAUACUCGACAAAAACGCCGUUUGUUCAUUUUCUAUGAAGGAAACAGGAAGGAUUGUCAAUUUUCGUGGCAUCCCAAAUUGAGGUCUGCUGACACUUUUAAAUCCUAAGGUUUUCGCAUUUAAAUUUCAUAACAAAACAUUUACUAUCAAAACACUUGUGUGUUAUCUGAACAAGGAGUCUGAAAAUCUGAGAAAAUCGACAAAAACGUAACCUAGUUUUCUAAACUUACAUACCUUGUCCCGAAAGUGUGCAAAGAACGUAAUUUGCGUAGUCGCACACAAAUAAAAAAAUGGUACUGCCCUUAGCAGUCAGUCUCGCGAUCGAAGUGUAUUAAUUCGCAAACAAUGGCUGAUGAUUGAUGUUCAAUGAACCGGAAGUCUAGAAUAUUGUAUUGUAAGAAUUUUUGAUUGCGCAACAUUAACAACUCGUUCAAUACGUAAAAAAACAAAAAAAAAAAAAAUACAUAGAAAAUGAUGCUGAAAUUGCAUUCAAUUUUGUUUCUGUUUACCACAAACAAAGGUACAUUUAGUGUUUCUUUCGCAAUGAACACUGAAGAUGAGACAUCUAAAGAAUAUUUUUUUAUGUUCAUCUUCAUGUAAAGAACAGUAUGUUUUACGCGAAACAUAGAACGAAUAAUGUCUAAAGAUCUAAAUGAAUACUGUACGCCACUAUAGCUUUCUGCAUUUGUAACGUUUUACUAUAUUAUUUUUCAUCGAGAUAACUCCACAUUAGAAACGAUUAACUUUGAUAGAAAAUACUACAGUUUCAAAAAUUGACUGCCCUAGAAAAGGAAUAAAUGAAAUAGAGAUAAAUAAACCGUAUUAAUUAAAAGUUUCUGAA